AUGACUCUUCACGAUUUUCAGGAAUCUCACAUUACAAUCCCAGUAAUUGGGACUUCAUUCCUUCUUCAAGGCCGUUUGUGCGUCCCCGAAAGCACCCCGAAUCAUAACGCAAAUGACUCAACACCCCCGCAAAAACCUGUCGAAACUAUUCUUAUUUUACAUGGAUUUUUAGGUCACAAAGACUACUGCUAUCAGAAACUGUUGGCCCAUGAAAUUCCUAAAAGGACUGGUCGUGCAACAUUGCGUUUUGAUUUCAUGGCCUGCGGUGACUCUUUCCCUCCAAACAUUGUCUCACGUACCAUCCAAAAUGAUAUCCGAGAUCUUGAUUCAGUUCUUGAAUGGAUCCGUGCCUAUAAUAAAACCGCAAAAACCAAAGGCUAUAGACCAUUAGAGCUUGUUGGUGGAGUUGCACAUUCUCGUGGGUCCCAUAGUCUCCUUGCUUGGUCUGCAGUACACGCACUUCAGUCCUUGAACGCAGAACAACUUCCUGAAAUCGUUCGUACGCUUAAAUACCAUGCUACCCCUGGAGUAGCUCCUUUGGCGUCUCCACUCCGGUUUCUUGCAAGCUGCUCGGGGAGAUAUCGCACUUCAUACCUCAUGGAAUCAUACUUACACCGGCUCCCAGACUUUGCCGAACGUGGGGGUGAGAGGCUCACACUGCGCCGACCAGCGUCCGGAAAAGUGGUAGACUCGUGGGUUUCUUACAGUGAUAUUGCAGAUCUUUCUUCUGUACCAAUUGGUCAACUUCUUGACAUUUUGAUUUCACUAUGGGGUCAAGGGAAGGAUUCAAACCUGGAGGGAUCGAGGUUUCUUACGUUGUUUGGCGACGCAGAUCACAUUGUUCCAGUCAUGGACGCGUUCCUCUAUACUACACACUUUGCACGAGCUGUACAUGAGUCGCAAAACUCGUCCACUGACCCGUUGCCCUUGUUAGUUAAGCAAUUCUCAAUUACUGGUAGUUAUGAAGACUCUCUGAAAAAGGUUGACGGUACAAAUAAACGGCCAUGGAUAUACCAGCGACCGCUACCACAUAGUCUUCAAAAGCUUGUUCUAGUUCCCAAUGCAGAUCAUAACUUUUACGGUAAACCUCGUGCCUACAUGCCUAGUGAAAAAAGAGCCAACUACAGUGAACAAGUUGUUAGUGCUGUUUUAGAUUGGAUGAAUGAAGUGGACCAAGAAACUAUAGCAAAAAAACUGGCUACGGAUAACAAAAGCGCUCGAUUGUAA